GAAGUGAAGGCGACUCAAUUGGGUAUAAAGCAUCAGCCAACAUCUGCCCCGAGCAGUGCAGAGCUGAUGAAAACAUCAGCUCGGAGCUCGUUCAGGACCUCUGCGCUUUAUUUUAGCUCUUUUGGAUUUAUCAUUUGGCUUUACGGGGCCGGUGCACCCUGGGAGAGGCAUCUCUUUUUGUGCAACUUCAAAUAAGUGAUUCCACAAACAGCUCUAUACUGGAAUUAACUCACAUCCACCGAGAUUUCAGGAGCGCACCUGUUACCUCCACGGAGCGCAGGACGAUGAUCCCUCCGGGAGACUGCAUGUAUGCAGGCAGGAAGAGGAGGAAGCCCAUCCAAAAACAGAAGCCGUCCUCUGCCAAUGAGAAAACCAACCCGUCCAAGCGGCACAGGGACAGGCUGAACGCUGAGCUGGACCGGCUGGCCAGCCUGCUGCCGUUCCCCCCGGAUGUCAUCUCCAAGCUGGACAAGCUGUCUGUGCUCCGUCUCGCCGUCUCCUACCUCCGCGUCAAGAGUUUCUUCCAAGGCAAAGAUCCAGAGUUGAAGCAAGCCUCAAAUCUCCGGACAAACAUCUCCACCAUGCCAGCCCUUCAGUCAGCAACUCAAGAGAAGACCUCCAGGAAGCAGAUCAUCAACACGGCAUCCUCCAACCCUGAACCCAGGAAAGAGAGCCUUCCACUGGGCAGCUCAGUGAACGAGAGCAGCCUCCUGCUGGAGUCUCUGACAGGCUUUGCAUUGGUGGUGAGCAGUGAUGGGAUGGUCUUUUAUGCCUCCUCGACCAUCGUGGACUACCUGGGGUUCCAUCAGACUGACGUGAUGCACCAGAACGUGUAUGACUACAUCCACAUAGACGACCGUCAGGAGUUCAGACGUCAGCUGCACUGGUCCAUGUGUCCUCCACAGCACCAGGGGGCGUCCACGCAUCAGGACAGCCAGAUACCUUCAGGGACAGGUGAGGACUUCGUCGUUAGCAGCCUGUUUCACUCUCCAGAGGCCGGGGGAAUUCCUCCAGAGCUCUCCUGCUUCCUCAACAGAUGUUUCAUUGCCAGAGUUCGAUGCCUCUUGGACAGCACCUCUGGCUUCCUGACGAUGCAGUUCCAGGGUCGCCUGAAAUUCCUUCACGGUCAGAAAAAGAAGUCAGCCUCUGGAGCUCUGAUUCCUCCUCAGCUGGCUCUCUUCUGCAUAGGUGUUCCUCUGCUGCUGCCCUCCAUCACCGAGAUGAAGAUGAAGAACAUGCUGAUGAGGGGGAAGACCAAGGGCGGAGGAGGAGGCAUGAUCUCUGCACUCGAGCACGGUGAGCGAGGGGAGCAUCUCCGCAGACACUCCUUCAGCGGAGGGAUGGGUGACAUCACAGACCCCCUCCUCCUCUCCUGUCCCACCCCAGGUGUCAACCAGCGAGGCCACCACACCCCCUGGACCCCUCUCUCCAAAGACAACCUCAAGUACCGCCCUGACGGUUACUACAACCAGGAUGAGCCGCUCAACUACUGCAAGUCAUCCAUGGGUCCUCAUAAAGGUGUGAGCCCAGGUCUGAGUGGCGGCUGGCCUCUGCGUCCAAACUCAGGUCCUCUCAGAGCAGGUCAGGGUGUCGGAUAUAUCCCUUCAAAUCGCCUGAACAAGGUCGGUCCAUAUGGGAAGCCGUACCGCCUCUCCCCGGGCUGUCACAGCGGCCGAGGAGGUGAGGUGUUCGUCUCUAAGCUCUACGGAAAUGUCCAGAUCCCCUCAGACCCUGAUGCAUACUGUGUGGACCUGGUGAAGAGCGAGAAUGGAUAUGGCGAAUGCUACGAUGGCCAUCUGAUGCCGCCCAUCAAAGUUGAGCACGACUCAGACUCUGAGAACGGCUGCGACACUUAUGGGCAACCUUGGGUGGGCCGCGACCCAGAAUCCAUGGACCGUCGCUAUGUUAAUGGCGUCUAUGACCACGCUGCAGGCCUCCACCUGAAAUCUGAGGCUGACUACUACGACCCGCAGUACUCUCCCUGUCAGCGAGGCAAGGCAGGAAUCAGCCCGCCAUACAACAAUGGAAACUAUCAAAACUAUGCAGUCAACAACAGCGGCAAUGCAGCCAACCGUCUGCUGAAAUGUGACAAAGACUUGGGCAACAACGACAACAACACAUUCAGUCCACAGCGACUCUCGCACUCAGACUCUCUAUGCAGCAACCAACCUGUCAACCUCAUGGACUCUCACCUCUACCAGCAGGACCCGCACAAGGCCUACAUGCACCCGGACUACAACAAGCAUGGCCCGUACGAGUUCAAAGGUCACGGACUGAUCCACUCAAUCAAAAGGGAGCCAAUGGACUCGCCGCCGUGGUCAGAGAAUACUCACGACAUUAGCCAGGCCAUGAUGGUCGGCCAGAGGAACGCUAUGCCGUGUGUGAUGAACACGGGGCACCACAAGUCCAGCCCAUACAUUUACAUGCCGUGAGAGAGAUCUGCUCAUGAUAACCUGCUUCAAACACACAUCCAAUCAGUGUGCAUUAGCCUUGUUAGUGCACCAAUCACACACCAGCAUCACAAAGAGACUGAAUAUGAGGAUCUCCAGGAUGUCAACGUUUGGAUCGCUUCUUCUUCCGUGUGAUGAAGAGGUUACAAACAGGCUCAGGUUUAGCGUUAGCGUUGUGACAAUCACGAAAAAAAAACUUCAUAUCCUGUUUAUGGAGAGAUGUUUUUUGUUUUUAAUUUUUUGUAGUUGGUUCCAAGCACUUUUGGAUUUUAGUGAAAAUGAGACAAAUUAUGUCUAGAGACACAGUUUCAGUUUGUUGUACGUGUUGUGUUCACCUGGAUUUGUGGGAAUUUUGCUGUAAAAAAAGACUAUUUUUGAGAAUUUUGUUCACAGGAGAUGCUUUCACACACCUACUGCUGGGAAAAAGGUUUCAGUGAUAUCAGUUUAGAGGAUAAUCUGAAGGAUAAUCUGCCUUUGUUCUGGUUUCCCAUGUUAGAUGCUUUAACCAACAAUCACCUGCUUAAGUCAUUACUCUCUACGGUGAUGUCUGAGUGGGCGACUAGUCCCUAUGCAACAUUAAAUUGUAUUAAAUCAGUUUACAGAGACAUCAGAUUUGGUUAAAACUGCUUCAGAAAAAGUUACACAGAGUCAGUUUGCAGCCAGAGUCUGAUUUUAAAAUGCUCAGUGUUCCUUUAUUCAAGCAUUUUAAUAGCUAAAGUGAACAGCUGCAGAAACACAAACGCAAAAGUUCUAUAUUUAUAGCUUCCACCUGUUGAUUAAAGAAUAUUAUUGUUCAGCUUCUCUAACUGAUGAGGAGAAAAGCCAGGGUUAUACUUCAGCAGAAUCCCCCCAGAGACAGAAAAGCCAGAGAGGAGUAAAUAUAGGGUUGAUACUAACAGAUGAUCCGCUGUCUCUGUAGGUCACAGUGGACUAAAGCACAGAGCAGACUUCGCUUAAUUCUGCCAUUUAAUGCUAUGAUAACCUGUGCAGAAUAUGACCAUUUUUUUAAUCUAGCAGUACCAGAACACUGACUGACAGCUGACAGUGAUCCUGCUACAAUACUUAAUUCCAAUUCAGACCAAAGAGUUUAAACUGCCACUGUGAUGUCUAAACACCUGCCCGUUCACACUGUUGAGACUGUAGGAGACGAUGUAUCAUUUUCAUAACUCUCACGGUCACUCACUGUAAAGUGAUUAAUUUCUGCAGUUACUGCACAAUAACUCUAUCCCUACAAUAGGGACAGUACUGCACAUUAACGGUCUUUGUAUGUGAUUUUUCAUGAUCAUGCAAAACAUUUCAAUCAUAUGCAGGUGCACAAGAGGGAUUCCUUACUAAAUCUUCCUUUCCAUCACCAUCAUAGGGUGGCAGCACAAAAACACAGCACUGUGCAUAAGUUUUAGGCAUGUUUGAGCUGAAGCUGAAGUAAAGAGUGUAAUGAUGAGUAAUCACACCUGAAGGCACCAUCAGGCAGAAAGGAGGAUUGAUGCAACCCAAGUCAUGCUCUGGAUGUCCUUGCAUUUUAGCAGGGGUAUGGGAAAAUAUAGUGUUAAAAAAUAACAAAGUCCACACCUUUAGGGUGGAGUAAGAGGGGGAUGUGGGGAGUGAGCACAGCUAUAGGGUACUGUUUGGGCAGAUAGUAGGGUUGCCACAAGCCCCUGGUCAUGCUGCGGAUUUCCCAAGGGCCUCAAAAUUGCCAGAAGUCUCUGGGCCAAUCACCAGGGGUGAAAAGGCCCAGACAAAAGAAGAACCAUUGAGCUUGACCUUGGCUGCUGAGUGGCACAAGUAUGUGUCCCCUUAGAACCCAACAUGCCUAAAAACUAUGCACAUGACUGUAUAAACACACAAAUGCUUUUCUAGCUCGGUCUUAUUAUAAUGAAGAUAUCCGCUCUGAAUAAUUAAUUUUCCAUGGAGAAAUCUAGCUCCUAUAGCUGCACAUCCUUAUGAGUGCAGCUGGAAAAAUAAGAGCCUUUUCAAAACACCAUUUCUAUUUUUUUUUUCCACAUUUAUCGGCUUCUUGAAAAUGUAUUUUUUUAAGUUUUCACAUGAAACUUCAGCCCAUAAACUCUCCCGUCUUUUUAACAUCUGCUGUACAAUGAUUUUAAUCUAUCUAUCUCUGCUGCUGUCACAGUCAGCAGGCAAGCUGCAGAAGAGGAGUCAAUGCCAAACUAAUAGCAGCCAACACAAGGUGGCAGCACUCACAAAACCAGCUUUUGGAUCAUCUCAAAGAAGUGCAGAUCUUAUAUUUAAGAGUCCAAAAUAACUCUACACAUUUUAUACGCCACUUACAUUUGUGAAGUUCAGAGAAACACUUGAUUUCAAGACAUAAAACCACAAAAUCAGGCUUGAUUAGCUUGUAAUGGGCAAAAAUGUCUGCAAAUGAAGCAAACAAAUCCUACUUUUGUCACAACUGAAUCUACCAUCUUAUUCAUUUUUAACUUCAAAACAAUUGAGCAAAAUCAUCUUGCCUCAUCAGCAGGUUUGUUUCAAUAUUUGACAGGCAAGUCAGACCUUAUUUUUAGAUUUAACAUUCUGACAUAAGAUGUUUAUGUGACCUCAUGAGCAGAAUGGGUUCUAAAAUUGCACUUUUUGCAAGAAAUUCAAAAAAUAGACCUCAUUAGAUUUGGGUUUUUGCAGCUGCUCAUAAUAACAUGAUGAAAUACUGAAUACAGUAGUUUUGAAUGUUAAUAAAACAGACUGUUGGUGCAAGCUGAUUAUAUUUAGAAAUCAAACAAAUGCUUUUGCUUUUAUUUAUUUAUUUUUUUUUCAAUGAGAGCAGACUCUCAUUAUCUAAGAGUGAGCCACUGCUUUAGCCAGAACAUUAUUUCAACUCAGGCCUCUUUUAUUUGAUUUUACUUCUAAAUAUAGAUAAAGUUUCUGAAUCAACGUAUUUACUCUAACAGGCUAUGUGACAUAAUCUGUUGAUAAAAUCAAACCUGAUUUAAUUCUGUCUACUAAAAAAGUUGUUGUAUUUGUCCCUGGCAGGUCCAGAUUGUUAUUUAGAGAGUCUGACAGUGUUCCAGUCCUUGUUAGUGUCAAAGAAGUUUCAGGGUGUUGAAAUGUGUGAUGCAUAGAAAAGCACUGAAUAAACGGUCUAACUUUGGGAUCUGAUGUCAGACAUUUACAAAAACAACCUGAGUCUGUCAGUGACAAAAAAACUUUAGGUAGAUGAACUUUGGGCUCAUUUGGAAUGACAAAACUUCAGGUACAAGUGUGGCGGGGUUAGUUGGGAGGCAAAAUGUUAACCAGGACCCUUCAAGUCAUUCACACAUGCACGUAACUCCUGAAAAUUUCCAGAAUUUUUCUGGGUGAGCUGCAGGUGUAAACACAGGAAUUUUUCACCUGGACUUUUCUUGCUAGUCCCCCUGUGUGUUAUUAUUAUUUACAUACAUUUAACCUGGAAAAUCUAAUUUACAAAAGUGUCCUGACAGCCAGCUACAUAUCUAGCAGAGUUACAGACAUUAAACACAAAAACACUACAAACACAUCAACCAACUCCAGAGUCACAGAGCUGAAAGUCAUCAAUCAACCUGAUGCAUCAUCCUCCAACACCUGUAAUCUACUUUGAGAACAAUUUCAGUCAGUCAUCUCAUGUUUGUAAUUUGUUCAAGCAUUUAUAAUGACAGUAACAUUUGUUUGGUGGCAGGCUCUGAUUUCAUCACUCCUCCAGAUUUAUUUUACAUGCAGAAUUCAGGAGUGAUGAGAAAAAAAAUCUUAAACUCCCCAUCGGAGCCUACAGGAGGAUGCUGGGGUGGAGGUGGGUUGAAAAAGAGAGAACAGUGCUGAUUCAGGGCAGAGGAAUCUUGCAGCUAGAGUUGACCACUGAGUUAGGAGGAUGUGAAUCUGGGAUUCAAUUGAGAUGCAUUUCAGGGGUGAUUGAUUAGCUUGCAGACUUUUCCUGCACAGGAGACAGAAAUUUUCCUGCAGAAGAUUCCAGGCUGCAGGGGCAGAAAAUCUGAAACCCCUUUUACACAUUUCAAGACGGACUUUGUUAACAGAUAGCAAAAACAAAACAUGUGACUGAGUCACAGAGCAUCAACUGUAGCUUCUAAAACUUUUCACAUGAGUAAAAUCACAUAAGUGUGAUGGAUGCAGAUCAAGUAUAGCCUUAUAAAUAAGGAUAUGCACACGAUUUUGUCUAUGAGUGGUCAAAGAAGGCCAACUGACCUGGUCAUACAAGGUACAAUGAUGAGAUAUAUUUGUUAUAAACCUCAGUGCCCCGUGGUAAACAGUAUCUAAGGGUUAAGGCAUUGGGAAGAUGCAUGCAUUUAUAAAACAUCACUGUAAUCAAUGUAUGUGGUGUGUUUACUGUGUGAAGUUUGUGUUAGCUAAUGUGUGAUUGCAAUAGGAGAAUUUACCUUCAGCCUGCAGGCAUGGUAAUGCACAAGACCACUGAACCAUCUCUUUGCUCUUGUGAUAAUGUGAUAUGGUCAAACUUCACAUGAUAUUGAUAUAGGGGCACAUAUCCUAUUAUAGCAUCAUUCAGUGUUUUUUUUUUUUUUUUUGCUUUGCCUACCACUCUAUUCUCAUCCUUAUUACCUUUUUAAGUCAUGUGUUGCCUCCUCAGUCUGCCUACUCAUGAGGUGCCCAUGUGAGAAACCAAUUCAGUUGAAUUUGAGGCUCAGUCUGCCUGAAAUUCUCUGGAAAUUUUCAGUAGAGCAUGUGUGAAAAAACCUCAAAAGCAAGGUCCUAAAUCUGUAAAAGUUCCCCUUCUCUUUAAGUUCCAGGUGGCAAUAUUAAGAGGUAAAAUUCAUUAAAAGCAAUAAAUAGAAAGAUAACAAGGGCAAAGCUGAUAGAGUAACAAUAACUCCAAUCACACUAAUGAUAACAUGAGUGAAGGUUCAUUUAAAUUGAAGGAAAGGAAGAUUGUAAAAAGUUUGACUCUUAUUCUUUCCACACAAUAUUUCAAGAAUUCUCAGACUCCUGUUGAAAAAACAUUAAAGUAUGAUUAAUUUAUGUCAGUUUAUGUCAGAGCUAAUGUUGUACAGUGUGAAUUAGUGUUUUUGGCGAGAUCAGCAUUUCAACUGGAUGCAGCCCCUGCAGAAAUGACACAUUUCCUUUGAGAUGACUACACUUUUCAUGUUGUCUGUUCAAAAACAUCUGAUUUUGUCUUCACAGUCAGUAUUUUUGCACAAAUUACCUAAAAGCACCAAAUCGAUUGGAUGUCUCAGUUCUGUGAAGCUACGGUCGUAGUUUCUAACUUGCACUACUGGGAGUAGUUCAGAAGAAGUUCAGCGUAGACGGACGAGUUUUUGAGUCGACACGCACAAGUGUACAUGGUGUCACUGUUUGAAUUUGUCUUUUUCUCUUUGUGUGUGUUCAUUUCAAUAAAUGUUUGAUGAUUCGUAUUUAUUGUGAGACAAAAGUGCGUAAUUUAAAAACUACAGUUUGAAGGCUUUUCUGUUUCACUAAGGUUAAUGAAUAUGGCUUUUUUCUUGCUAUUGUUUUGAUAAUUGUUAAAAAAAAAAAAAAACGACUGUCAUUCUUGUCUCAUGGAGGAGGUAGCUGCAAGGUAGCGAACACAGUGUACAUAUGCAGUGUCUUCCAAUGUUUCUACGUGUUUUUGCAAAUGGGACUUAUCUAUUAAAAGACUUUUCUUUGUAUGGAAAUA